UCAGGUCGGAGAUGGCCUUGGGUUUAUUGAGAUGGGCAGCAAAGUGAGAGUUCAGUGUCAUGCGUCAAAGAUAUCGGCAGUGCGCUAGAGUCGGCCAGCGGUUGCUAGCGAGCAUCACCAGCCUCCACUAACGCUUCGUGAAGUUGGGGCAAAAGAGAAGUGACGGCCGACACCCUGCCAGGAUGAGUGGUGAUGGUAUGAACCCAGCUGCAGAGGCUGAGCCAGUAGAGGAUGUCCAUGGAGAUGACCGGUGGAUGUCACAGCACAACCGAUUUGUGCAGGAGUGUAAGGAUGCUGAACCAGAGGUGCUUUUUUUGGGAGAUUCUAUGAUACAGCUAAUGCAGCAGUUUGAGGUCUGGAGGGAGGUGUUCUCCCCUCUUCAUGCGCUCAACUUUGGCAUUGGAGGGGACACCACCUGUAAUGUGCUGUGGAGGCUACAGAAUGGAGAACUGCAAAACAUCCGUCCCAAGGUGGUGGUGUUGUGGGUGGGAACCAACAACCACGAACACACAGCAGAGCAAGUUGCAGGAGGAAUCCUUGCUAUUGCACAGCUGCUCACUUACCGCCUCCCCAAGGCAAAGAUAGUUGUACUGGGUUUGUUGCCUCGAGGUGAGCGACCCAACCCACUGAGGCAGAAGAACGCGGUGGUUAACGACUUCCUGCGCUCCUGGCUGCCCCGACUGGGCCAGGCUCUGUUCCUGGAUGUGAGCGGGGAGUUCGUUCACUCCGAUGGCGCCAUCGGCCCACAGGACAUGUUCGACUUCCUCCACCUGACGUCGACAGGGUACCGCACCAUGGCGAAGCCCCUCAGUGACCUGCUGCUGCAGAUACUGGAGGAGACACCGGAGGAGAGGCGGGCGUCGCUGGUUUGAGGGCCGUGGCCGAGCAGCACGUCCAUCCAGAGGCAUGUCUCACCCGCUGCCGUGGGAGACGGGGGAGACAUGUCCCUGGUAUCUGGAGGAGGACGGGCUCACUCAUAGGGGGGAAGAGGCAACCCGAUGUGAGUGGGCCCAGAGCGGAGGGUUGGGGAUGGAGAAGUGCUGAAGAGGGGGAGAGAUCUCACUUCAGACGUAAACACUGUGAUUGCAACAGAAUGAUCUACAAAGUCAGACUACUCUGAAUCACAGACAGAUAAUCUGAAAUCAUGUGGGACUGCGGUGGCACACAAAGAUUAGUCUUGGCUUGUGGAUAAAAUGAGUGUUUGCCUCAGUCAUCGGUGCCACGGAGAUGUGAUACGAAUAGAAAAAACAAUCUAACUUCUUCCUCCGUGUUUCGUUUGAUAUCAGCAACACAGUUAGCUGUGCAGCUUCUCUAUUAACAUUUGAGAAGUCAAGUGCACAACAUACUCACAGUAGGCAGAACAAUUACCCAACAUUGAGCAGUGGUUCCCAACCCGGAGCCAGGGGUCCCUAGGGUGUCGCAAGAAAAAAUAUAAUUUUAAAGGGAUAAAAGGAAAAAGAAAUUCCCUCACAAAAAUGUGUUGCUUAUAUAGUUUUUGCUUUUGUUCUAGCUCAUAAAGCAGAAUACAUCCAAGUCUUCAGGCCAAAUUGUAACAAUCUCAGAAGUAAAAAAAAAAAAACAGUAAUUGGUGUUGCAUGGCUACUUCAAAGGUUCACUUGUCAAAAAGGUUGGGAACCAUUUCUGAGAUGUAUACUGUGUUUAUAGUGAGCAGUAUUAAAAAAAAAAAAAAAAAAAAAAACUCAGUAUUAGACGAUUUUGCUUAAAACAUAAUCCAGUGAAGCAAAUGUCAUGUAAAAUAAUCACACACAUUUAUUAUGAUAGAGUUUUGUCUGUCCAGUUCUUUAUGCGUGAUAUUAAAGUUACCCAGCUAAACAGGGAGCUAAAUGUUCACUUUUGAACUCGGUGUGCAACUAAUUGUCUUUUUAAACUGUCGAUCAAUAUAAAAUAGAUAAGUGUAAAUAUGAAGGGUUAACUACUUUUCCACAAACACUGCUGAUCACUACUUCACCCUUGUGUCACCUAAAAUCAUCACUGAACUAAACGGACAACUGAACCCUGACGUCGGUGUAGGCUGCAUGCAUUUUUUUUAUAAGACGAGCCUUCGCUUCGCUGUAUUAAAUGAGUGAACGUAAAGUUAAAAUCACGUUUUCAUACAUAUUCAUUAGUGAUAUUAGGCUGUUGUCUGAUGUUCUACAUACGUCUUCCAAACACUCCCAACCCUGCUGCUUAUAUGUGCAAAAAAACUUCUAUCCCACCUAGCUAGUGUAUUUACAUUUUAAUUGUAGAAUCACAUUUCACUGUUUGUGUCCCGAUAGAUUUACUGUGACUAUUCCUUUUAAUGUCUAAAAGAACAAGAAGGUUACACAUUUCAAACAUUUUGAUUUGCCAAACUAAGACCUGCCAGCUUUUAAAAUUUCUUGACUGUUACUUGGGUAUCUGUUGAAGGACAUUGUUGAAUAGAAAAUAUAUAUGUCAAUAACGAUGUAUGUAAACUGCUUUUCAGUAGUAAUGCACUUAGUAAAAAGCACUUGAUUUUAUUUUUCACAACAUAGAAAAACAGUAGAGACUUCUGUUCCAGUAUUCCUGCUUUCACCUCAACUUGCUGAUCACAACACAAGUUUUUCCUCAGAAAAACACAGAUUGAUUUGGUACAUUUCUUUCUGUGUCUGUAUCUCACACUAAUACUCACACUCAGACUUUAUUUCUCUCCUUGUUAUAUUUGUUGUCGACUCCAACCCAGCCCUGCCUUGGCCCUGACAUCCCUAUGUGGUGUAGUUACUGAAUAUUUUUUCAUAGUAAAAAGUAGCCUCACAGUUAAGCUACUGAAGACAGCUUUACUGAAUAUUGUCACGCUAACUACUAAAAAGCACACACAGUUCAUGUAAAGAAAACCGUUUGUCUGUGAGCCUCUACUGUAACCUAAUUAUUUCUUUUGUUCAAAUUGUGGCUGAGAGUCUCUCGUCGAGCAUCGACAUUCUCCAACGUUACUGCUGUCUUAAGCUCUGCACAUUUGCGUGCUGUAUAUAAAAAGUGUGUGUGUGUGUGUGUGUGUGUGUGUGUGUGUGUGUGUGUGUGUGUGUGUGUGUGUGUGUGUGUGUGUGUGUGUGUGUGUGUGUGUGUGUGUGUGUGUGUGUGUGUGUGUGUGUGUGUGUGUGUGUGUGUGUGUGCGCGCGUGUGUGCGCCUUACGUGUUGAUGGGGACGGUUGUGUUCAGUGUGUCUGGUACUGGAAUUGUGUCAGUUGGACGUAUGAGUGGAGAAGUGACCCCGGCUGUAUACGAGACAUGUGAAGCUUGAGGAAGUGAUGUCUGAAGGGGGAUCAGAUUGUGGGAGUCUGUGUUUGGUGCAAUACGGCAUUUGCACUGUUUUGGCUCGUUGUCACGUUAUUGAGGUAAAGCAUUCCAAUAAAAAACACAAA